AUGAUCCGUAGCCCGAUGAAAGAAGAUGCCACUUAUGGUUCGGCUCCAAACCUCAGCUGCGAACUGGAUAAGACCCGCGCGGAUAGUGUUAACAUAACUCAACGCCUAAAAAGACGUAGGUGUGAAUGUGGAGGUGAGUCUGCGGAGGAGUCAAAAAUUGACAAAUUUAUAAAUGAGAUUACGUUGUGGCGGAACGAAUCGGACUCAAAACUAUCUGACAUCCAAAACUCCAUGCAAGACAUUAUUAAACAAAACACUGAUAUAAUCAUAACCCAGGGCGAAAUUGAAAAAUCGAUUCAGUUCCUUUCUGAAAAAUAUGAAGAUAUUCUUCAACAACUGAGUUCGCACCAAAGCAAGACGCAGGCACUUGCUGACCGCGUCUCGAUCGUGGAAGAUACUACCGAAGAGAUUGACCGCCGUUCGCGCUCCAGCAUGCUAGAACUACGCAAUAUAAGACUACCUAACAAGUCCCCGUCUCAGGAUGAGCAGCUAAAGGUGGCUGUGCGUGUCUUCCAAGAGCUCUCUGUCGAUAUCACUGUGGCCGACAUAUAUGAUAUACGCCGGACGCCGUCCAAAUCAGACGGAUUUACCCUGAUUUGCACUCUGAAUUCGGCUGUCAAGCAAAACAAGGCCCUGAGAGCUUAUAAAGAUUAUAAUAAACGUAAUAUCAACACCAAACUUAACUCGACUAUAGUGGGGGGCCCCCUGCUACCUAUUUAUAUUGGAGAGCAUCUUACACCGCGCGCUCGCCGACUUUUCUACCUUGCCCGAGAGCACGCGAAAGCUGAGUGCUAUAAACACUGCUGGACGGCGGGCGGACGGGUGCUCCUUAGGAAAGCUGACAACACUAAACUGAUUGUGGUGACCUCUGAGAGCCAGCUAGCAGCUCCCGGGCCAAAAAACUAG